CCGCUGGCCCCGCCCCCUGCUCUCUCCAGCCCGUCACACAGUGGCCAGGUUUACUUCAGUAAGCCACAGAGAGACGAGCAGAUCGGGCGCUUCCACAGCAUCGCUGGACCAAUCGAGGCUGUCAAGAGUCGGUGUAAAUAAAGCGUCUCCUGAUAUGAGGAGAUGGAGAAUCUAGAGGCCACGUCGGAGCUUCAGUCCAGGCUGUCUUCUUUGUCAGUUUCCUCUUUUUCCGGAAUAGCGUCGAAAAACUGCGAUUCAAAUCCGCUCGACAGACUUCAAAGCACAGAUCUCUCCCAAACAGUAAUAUAUCCUGACAACCAAACCAAAAUGGAUGACAACAGCAAUACCAAAGGAUUACAGCAACCCACAGAGAAAGGAGAGGCCCCCUCUGAGCCAGCUGUGGGGGGUGACUCACAGGAGAGCAACACCAAUGAGAAAAGCUCGCUCCCUGGAGAGAGAGAAGCCUUACCACCAUUGACACCAGCAACCACAUGGACCUCUAUGAACCUGAAGGAGUUGAAAGCUAAGUUGCGUCAAGAGAAGGACAGCGUAGUGACUGUUUACCGUGGUGACAUUAUGACUGUCCACGUACCUACUGUACCUGAAGCCAAGCGUGUUUGUUGGGAGUUUGCUACAGACGGCUAUGACAUUGGUUUUGGGGUGUACUUUGACUGGUCUCCGGUCACCAGCCGAGCCAUUACAGUGCACAUUAGUGAAUCUAGUGACGAUGAGGAUGAAGAUGACGAGUUGGAAGCAGGGCCUGUGAUUCCCGGAGAUGUGGAGAAGGGGUCUAAAGCUGUGACCAACUCCAACUUGGGAGAAAUCUUGCCUGUGUACCGUCAGGACAGUCACCUGGCAGUUCAAGGAGGCAGCCACGACUUUCCAGGAGAAGGCACGUACCUCCUAAAGUUUGACAACUCUUACUCGUUAUGGCGGAAUAAGACUCUGUACUACAGGGUGUACUACAGUGCCUAAGGAACUAAGCACACCUAUGAGAAUGAAUGUUUUAAUGAUAUAUAUUUUUUAUCAUAUAUAUAUAUAAAUAUACAUAUGUAUAUUAUAUAUUUACAGCACUGUAUACAUAUCAUUCCUGCUAUAAUUUGUACAUUUAAUUUUAUUUAGAUGCAAUCACUGGCCCAAUCAGAUCAAAUAGUUUUUUUGCUAGUCUAUAUGAAAUGUUUUUAAACUUGAGAGGGAUCAUAAAGCUUGGUCUACGUGCAAUGUGUUUUUCAGUAUAUUUUUCAAAUGCUAUGUGCAAAGAAUUUGUGAAGUGCCCAUACAUAUAUAAAUAUAUUUAUGUUUUGAACACUGCAACUUGACUGUAGCCUCAGAAAUCAGGUAACACACUGGUUCAGGUUCAGGGAAAGUUGGUCAUUCAGAUCAAAUGCUUGUUUGUAUAUGGUUAAUAUGGAGGCUUGAGGAGAUAGGUGGUGUGUGAGAUGUGGCAGCAGCUGCUGUUGAGUUUAGUGAUAAAGAAUACAAUAUUAUAUUACAUGUUUGUAUUCAGGAUCCAGAUAAUCAGUCAAUGCAUUCAUUUUUUUUGUAGUCUUACGGUACCUCCUCUACAUAUUUAAUGAAUAAAUUUCUGCACUACAGACGUUUCAAAUCUGAUAUUUCGGGUCUUAUGUUUUCUGACUGCAGACAAUGCAGCUAUUAAAUCAGUUGCCAGGGAUACAACUCCAGCAUGUGAUCUCAGUCUGCCUUUUUAUGAUUUAAAUGGAGGCUAUUUCCCGUCACCAAAAGCAAGCGUGUUGCAUCACUGAUUCAAUAUUUACAAGGCCCCUGUAAUGGGGGGGUGGUUUUUAGCACCUGUUAAAUCUCUAAACGGUCAGGUCUUUGUAGCUGUUGACAUGUGCCAUUGAACUAUUUUAGACAUUUUUUUCUAAUGUGUUUUAAAUGUGCAGCUUUCCCUGUUUCUGGUUAAUGUGUUACAACAUGUGUAGUGUUGUUUCAGUAUAUAUUUAAAUUUUUCACUGAUUGUCCAUGUAUACCAAAAUCGCAUUGUGUUGAUGUGGUCUGUCUGAGACAGCACUAUGACACAGGCAACGAGCAGUAGCCCUGCGCACCUGCACCCAGGGUGUUGUCACACACCACACCACAUCACGACUUUUUGCAUGUCUCCAAAGGGACAGCUGUGCUGCUGAAAUUUCCAAAAUUGCCAAUGUGCUUUCUUUGUCUACCAUGUUUGUGUCUUUUGUUGUGAUUUCUGGAUAUGAUAAUUUUGUCUUUUAGCCUUUAAUCUGCUCCUUUUCUGCCUUUUGUCCAAUAAAUAUUGUUAAAUGUUAAAACUUG